AUGGGGGAGAAUCCCCGCCGCCCGUACGUCGAGGACAAGAUCGCUGUGGGAGCUGGAGAGGCGGGUAUGGGGGCGAGUGUGGGCGUGCGGCGGUGGUCAGGUUGGCGGCCGGGGUCAUCAGUGCCCCGGGAUGAGGGUUCAUCACUCAGUGAUCCCAGUAGCCUUAGGGGCGGUGGCCCUGGAUUCACAUGGGGCCCCCGCGAGCCCCAAGGGCCCCCGCGAGCCCCAGGGGGCCCGCGAGCCCCAAGGGCCCCCGCGAGCCCCAAGGGCCCCCGCGAGCCCCAAGGGCCCCCGCGAGCCCCAAGGGCCCCCGCGAGCCCCAAGGGCCCCCGCGAGCCCCAAGGGCCCCCGCGAGCCCCAAGGGCCCCCGCGAGCCCCAGGGGGCCCGCGAGCCCCAGGGGGCCCCGCGAGCCCCUGGGGGCCCCCAGCGGGUUCCAGGGGCCCCGUAAACAGAACUCUGCAUUACCAGACACAAGUUAUCCAGACUUUGCUCAGUUGGUCGAAACUCAUGUUGACAGAUUGUGGGACACUAAUGGGCGGGUCCUGAGUCCUGUGGAGUGGGCGGGUCCUGUGGAGUCAUCACGGCUGUCGGUAAACACACUGCUGUAUACAACAGUGUCUUUACAACAACCUCCUGGAGCAGACUGGUGGGUGACUGGUCCUCCUGGAGCAGACUGGUGGGUGACAGGACCUCCUGGAGCAGACUGGUGGGUGACUGGUCCUCCUGGAGCAGACUGGUGGGUGACAGGUCCUCCUGGAGCAGACUGGUGGGUGACAGGUCCUCCUGGAGCAGACUGGUGGGUGACAGGUCCUCCUGGAGCAGACUGGUGGGUGACAGGUCCUCCUGGAGCAGACUGGUGGGUGACAGGUCCUCCUGGAGCAGACUGGUGGGUGACAGGUCCUCCUGGAGCAGACUGGUGGGUGACAGGUCCUCCUGGAGCAGACUGGUGGGUGACAGGUCCUCCUGGAGCAGACUGGUGGGUGACAGGACCUCCUGGAGCAGACUGGUGGGGGACAGGUCCUGCUGGAGCAGACUAA